AUGAGUGAAGUCAAAACAGUAGAUGUUCUCAUUAUUGGUGCUGGACCAGCCGGUCUGGCCCUAGCCAAUUGGUUCCGAAACUCCAACAUCAACGUCCUCCUCGUUGACAAGAAAGCCGUGCCUACACGGCGAGGGAAAGCCGAGGGGCUAAAGUCAACAACAAACGAGAUCUUUGACUCGUACGGUAUCGGACCUCAGAUCGCAGCAGAAUCAUGGAGACUGGAAGAAAUAGCCAUCUGGGGCCAAAAGAAGGACGGCGGCGAAAGUGGGAUCGAGAGGGAGCAGCUGAUACAGGAUAAAGUGGAGGAGUUGGGCAAGGUACGGGAGACGAUGUUGCAACAAUCAAGAGUCGAAUACCACAUGCAGCAAAACCUGCUAGGCCACAAGAACAUCACGAUCCAGUAUGAUACUCAGCCUGUCGAAGUCAAGAUCGAUGAGUCCUCGCUGCAUAGUGAGGAUGAAGUUUAUCCAGUUGAAGUGCGCUUGGUCAAGACGCAGGUUGAAUCCGAAGGGGCCUCGAACAUCCUGGAGAACUCAACACCACAUACCGCGAACGGGGAUGCCGAAGAGGUCGAAGAACGAAUCCGAGCCAAAUACAUCGUAGGCUGUGACGGAGCUCACAGCUGGCUGCGAAAGCAACUCCAAGUCCAACUCGAAGGCGACCUAACAGACUCUGUUUUCGGCGUCGUCGACCUAAUCCCCAAAUCCAACUUCCCCGACCUCCGCCGCGUCUGCUACCUCCGCGCCUCCACGGGCACCAUCCUCCUCGUCCCGCGCAGCAACAAGGAAGUCCGGCUGUACAUCCCCGUCGAGAGCGGCAGUUCUCUUUCAGACCCCAAGGACCUCACCUUCGACCGCAUCAUCUCCGCCGCGCGCAAGAUCAUGUCCACUUACACUUUGGAAGUGGGCUCGGUCUCGUGGUGGUCCGCCUACCGGGUCGGCCAGCGCGUAGGCAGCCAUUUCUCGCGCCACAACGAGCGCGCCUUUUUGGUGGGAGAUGCAGUCCAUACGCACUCGCCCAAGGCGGGGCAGGGGAUGAAUACUAGUAUUCAGGAUGCGUAUAACCUUGGUUGGAAGUUGCGACUGGUGUUGCAGCAGAGGGAUAAAACCCAGCUUCUUGACUCCAUGGCUGCCAGCAAGUUAUUGGCGACGUACGAAUCCGAGCGCCGACCCGUAGCCCAAGACUUGAUAUCCUUCGACAGAGGCUACCUCAAGCUCUUCGCCGCUCCCUCGGCGCAGUUCGACACGGAGUUCUUGCGCGCCAUGAAGUUCACUACGGGAUUAUCGAUCCGCUAUCCUCCCUCGUGCGCUGUACAACUCCCAAGGGGUGUGGAAACGGCGGAACAGUUAGGGCCGAGUUUGCUCAAAGCCGAUUUGGUCCCCGGCAAACGUUUACCGGAUUUUCAGGCGGUUUACCAAGCGGAUGGCAUCACGGCUUGGAUUCAUAGGCGGUUACAAGCCACGGGUAGUUUUCGGGUUAUUGUUUUUGCUGGGGAUAUCGCUACCCACAAGCACUUAUCGACAAAUGUGCAGAAGCUGGGGGAGUAUCUUGCUGAUUCGGAGGAUGGGUUGGGAGCCUUGACAGCUGGAGGAGAGGCAGCGCCGGUGGAGGUGCUCAUAGUGCAUAGUGCUGACCGCGACAAGGUUGAACUACUUGAUUUGCAUGAGGUCUUUAGGCCUUGGAGCGAUAGUGAAGGGUAUGAUUACUGGCGGGUGUUGGCGGAUGCUGAGAGUGUGCAUGAGGGACAUGGGAGGGUGUAUGAGCGGCUGGAGAUCGAUCCGGAGAAGGGGAGGACGUUGGUGGUGAGGCCGGAUGGGUAUAUCGGUGCGGUACUUGAUGUUGAUGAUUUUGAAGGGCUCGGGGAGUACUUUAAGGAGCUGGGUUUGCUGUCAAAAUAA